GAUUCAACGAAGCCGCCACUUUUAUAACCACACAAAUGCAAGAUGUGCUACGCGUCGCUAGCAACGUACCACCUGUGUUGCCGAAAAAAAAACUCCCAAACCGACUUGAGUUAGAACCCAAGAUUUCGCACGUUGGCUUCAGUAGCACGCGGACAACCGGCGGCUCGCAACGCUUUUCCAAAUCGAUCUCGCGGUGAUUGGUGCGCGAAGUGAAGUGAAGAGAUUUUUUGGCAGAAUUGAUCAGUGCAAAGCAAAGUGUUGUACAAUAAUUUAACUGUGCAACCAUUGAAUAGUGAAGUGAUCUGUGUUUUCUAGCGGUGAAAGAGACGCGAAGAAAGUGAAUUGGGCGAAAAUGUUGGAUCCAUUUGCAAACGUAUCGAUAGGGGCGCUGCGAGACGCCAAUACCAGCUCCUUCUUCAGCGACAAGUGGAAUGCCUUUCUCGAUGUGAUUGGUGACGACCCAGCAACUGUUUACAUUUGGUUCCUGACGGCAUGGACAUAUGGUCUCUUCUGGAUCAUUGGGGGCAUGUUUGUCUUCAUGGAUGUCACCAACAAACCUGCUUGCAUGCGAAAAUACAAAAACCAACCCGGCACACAUGAACCACUAGAGUGGAACAAACUCAAGUCGCUGUUGAAAACCGUCAUAAUCAACCAGGUGGUUUUUGGAAUUCCAACGUCCUACUUUUCUUAUUACACAAUGAGGGCGCUGGUUCAGACCAUGCCGGAUGUUCGAGUAUUGCCUUCGAUCGAAAUCAUUCUACGCGAUAUGGUAGUGUGCAUCGUGACGUGGGAAAUCACCUUCUACUACAGCCAUCGGUUGCUUCAUGCCGGCCCUUUGUACAAGCACAUCCACAAAAAACACCACGAGUGGUCGGCGCCGAUCGCCUGGGCUGCCAAGUAUGCCCAUCCGUUCGAGUUUAUCUUCAGUGACCUGCUGCCGGUUUACGCCGGUCCCGCUCUCAUGGUGAGCCAUCCCGUAACGGUGGCCAUUUGGUUCGUGUUUGUCAUGAUGGACACGCUGGUGGAUCACUCCGGCUAUCAUCUUCCGGUGCUGGGAAGCUCUGAACAGCAUGAUUAUCAUCAUUUGAAAUUCAACCAAUGCUACGGACUCUUCGGCUGGUGGGACACCCUUCACGGCACAAACGAAGAGUUCCGCAAGAAAAAACAAUUCAAGCGCAACAAGAGAAUCUUCUCCCUGAAAUCCGCCCGCGAGCUGAUUCCGGACGAGUAAGAAAUCAAGUGGGUGUUUUGUUGUCUCUAAAGACACUCGAAGGAAACUUUUGUGGACGUACAAUGAACGGUAGUCACGUUUUGGUGGACUUUUUGUUGCUCAAACUAUACAACAGUACGGAGGAUGACAGCGCAAGUGGCGAUAAAUGUGUAACGAGUAAACAGUGUGGAAUCUAAUUUAUACAUUAGUUACUAGUCUAAGCUCUACAGGAUAAAUUUCAUUGCGAAGAUGUGAUCGAUUUCAGUUGAAUCUGGAAAAUAAUGUAUAUGGCAAUGAAAUCUCAUUACCAAUCCGCAGAUCUGGCAUGUGCUUGGGUAAUACAAUAAAUGAAUAGGUUAAUUACACGGAACCGUGUACAACAGUU